AUGAUCCAAGCUCCCGACUCCCAGAUUCUAGUGCACAUCACCGCACCAAGCACCGCCCAAGAUGAUGCCCGCUAUAGGGCCCAAGUCGCCGCCAUCCUGGACUUCGAGUGUGCCUCACGCCACCUACUGAUCGAAGAAAGCAACACCUCACCUCCCACCAGUGUAGACACCACGCACUUUCUCUCCGCGGGUGCCGCCGUGCAGUCCUCGGCGUCCCCGACGACUCAACACGAGGUUUCGCCAAUACUGCGGGAGGCGCCCCGGCCCGCAUACACGACCUUAUUAUCCUCGGAUCAUCGCUUGCUCCCUGAGAAAGAUAGCCCAGCUCCACGCAAGCACAUCAUCUCAAAUCAUUCCGACUCCCUAGAAUCCCUCAUCAGCGUCAUCCCAGACUCCCAGCCCGAGAUCGCCCAGGAACUAGUUCGCGCCGAGCAAUCUCGUGCAGAACUAUCGCCUCCAUCGCAGCUCGCUCCACCUCCCAAAAGACCUCGCACAGCCCCGGCCUCGCCGGAUCCGGCUCAACCGCUUUUAAUUGCAGAUGCUCUUGCAGCAGACCAGCCCUCUGUAUCUCACGGCGUCAUCCCCAUCGAGAAUAAACAGUCCAUCCCAACUGACAUCCCCACUGGUCUCCCUGAAAUCCCCAUCCAAAUAUCCAGCUCAGAUAAAGGAAAAGAUCCAGAUGUCCCCAUCCCUCAUACUACCAUUCCCUCACAUCACAUUCCCGCAAACACCCCAUCCCCAUCCCAAACCCAAACCCCGAAUCACAUCAAUCUAUCCACCCUCCCUCUCGAAAUCCACCCCCCAAGACCACCAAUCUCCACAGCCCCUUUCACCACCCACAUAACCCCAACCCUGUCAAUGCUCACAGAGCGUCUAAACCCAGCACGAACCUACAAGCCAACCACACAAACCCGUCCCCUCGACCCCCUAGAACGGGGCUAUUGGCUCGUGCACCUCGCUGUCGAGGAACCCCGAAGCCUAGAGCGGACUGCAGCCGAUCUUGCAGAUCAAAACCCAAACCCCGAAUCUGGAACCACUAAUGCCACUCAAAACCCAACUUCAAGACCAAGGUCAAGGUCAAAGUCAAAGUCAAAGCCAAAACCAAAACCAAAAGAGAUCAUGCGGACAUGGCCUUGGCCGCUCUUUCAUGCCUUCUGGUCUUUCCUCUCAGACUUCGUUGGUAGGGAUGGCCGUGCGGGAUGGGGCGUUUGGUGUAUUCUUGAGGCUGCGGAGGCCCCUUCAACGCUCUCGUCUGACACGCACGUCUCUCUUAAAGUCUAUGCGUGGGGUGAGGUUGCUAUGCAUGUUUACCUUCUGCUCUUCUUGGCGAGUGAGCGGCGGAUUCGUGGGAUGGGUGUUCAGUGGCGGGAUGCGGGGGAGGAGGUUGUUAUCCAGAUGCCGUAG